AUGGCUCGUGCCGACACUUCGAAGUUCCAGCUCUACCGGGACGAUGAGAUCACGGUGGACAGAGAUGGGAUCCCACACUAUACAGGGGUCAUGCCACACCUCAUGAAGGAGUACAAGCAAAGAGUCCUUUUCGCCUUUGCUGGACUAGAAGGAGAUGGUGACACCGAGGAGAAAGAGCGUGCAGACCCUGAGAAGAAGCAGAAGCGCUUUGCGAAGCGCCUCAUCGACGCCCUGCACGGUGAGGCUUGGACAGCUUGUCAAGAGCUGUUGAAGGAGCCCGAGAAGUUGAGGGUGGUCAAAGGCUAUGAGCUUGUGUUUGCAGCCCUGACCACAAUCGAGAAGGAGACCAUCAUCAGAAAGACAGAAGCGUUUGAGAGGUUCUUCGACCAGAGCUACCGCAAGAAGGGCCAGCCCAUCGACAGCUACUUGAGAGACAAGAAGCAGGCAUGGAGAGAGCUGCGUGACCUUGAUGAGAGCAGCAACAUGUCAGAGGAUCUUCAAGCGUACUUCCUACUUCGUGGAUGCAAUCUCAGUAGAGAUGACAGGCGUGCCAUUCUCUUGGCGAACAGAUCUUCAUACAAUGGUGCAGGAAUUGAGCAAGCCUUGAGGAUCUCAUUCCACGACCUGCACGAGAAGGAGCGUUUUCGAAGCUAUGAGGAUCGAUCACCGAAGAAGAAGGGCAGCGGCAAGGGCAAGAAGUCCUUUCAUGCAAAUGAUGAUGAGAUUCAUGAGGCAUAUGCAGCAAUGGACAAGAUGCGGAAGUCCUACCGAGAUCAGAGGAAGAAACUCAAAGACAUGCAGAAGAGCCGAGGGUUCUUUAGAGGAGAGUUCACGGUAGAGGAGAGAGCCAAAGCAAUCGAGCAGGAGAAGUCCCGCAGCAGAUGCGGUGCAUGCGGGCGACUCGGCCAUUGGGCCGGGGACAGCAUUUGUCCCAACAAGAGCAGCAAGCCCGCCAAGUCCAAGGGAAAGGGCAAGAAGGGGAAGAAGUCUGGCUCAGCCAAUGUGGUGUCAGACAAACCUUUCCCAUCCUUCUUCACUUUGACCCAAGGUGAUGUGGAGGAACGUGUGGCAGCGCCUCGACCUUCAACCACAGGCCCAACAACACCAUGGGAGGAGGUCUCUAGCAUUGGAGGAGGCUACAACCACACAGAGGAGAUCGUGAUCGGCGGUGUACCGUACCGCCCUGCUAGCAGCUGCCCCAGUGCUGAUGAGAUGGAUGCAUUCAGAGCUUCAGGAAUCAAAGUGCAUCCAGUGGCACUUGCAGCAGAGGAGAGAGUCAUGCCAGAUCUCAGCACCAAGCGAGUCCAGCAGUUGCAGGAGCUUUGCAUUGCCAACGAGAUUGCGUAUUCAGGUUUGAACAAGGAGAGCCUGAAGGAACGUUUGACCAAGUUUUAUGCAUGGCAGGCAGUGCCAAAGCGUGGAUCAGCAAAGGAUUUGGUCAGAAUGGCAUGUUUGGAAGAUGAGCCAGUGGAAUUGAAGCCUGUGCCGCAGAUUCCAAAAGCACAGGCGCCAGUGUUGCCGAAGUCAUCGGCGCGUGCACGUGCAGCCCCAGUCAUUGAGCAGAUGAGGCAAGAAAGGCAGAUGAGAGAUUUGUGGUCCCCGCAGGAUCCUUCCAUGAUUGGUCCCAGUGGGCGCUACACCGAAGAUGACAUGUUCAUGGAGGGCAUCCCCAUCUACCACCUACGUUGCGAGCAGUGCCAAGCUCCGAUGGUAGGCAGAACCAAUCGGGCAGAUGGUGGAAAGUUCUAUGGGUGUACCAAUUUCUCACCCAAGGGUUGCAAGUUCGCGAUCACAUACUCAGAGGGAAAGUUCAUGAGCAGUCCUUUGCGUCCGGAUCUGCUGGGUCCGGGCGGAACGAGAAGUGAGCAAGAGACGGCAGAGGGCGAGGUGCACACCUCGCAUUGCAUGUUUUUGAAUUCAUUUGUGGUUGAUGAGCCAGAGUUUGUGCACAUGGCAAUGCCCAUAGACAUGGAAGAGUUUUGCAAUCAAAGCAGCGCCUCUGGAGAUGAAGUAGGGUUAGCCCUUAUCGAUACAGCUUGCACGGCAUGCAUGCACUCUAUGAGCUGGAGGUUAGCUUUUUCACGACGGCUGCCAGAUAUGGUUAAAUGUGAACCUUUGCAGCAAUUCAAGACCUUUCAUUUUGCCAACGGCUCUUCAACCGCAUCCCAGAUUCAAGUUUGGAAGAUUCCAAUAUGCUUGGGUGGUAGGCCAGGAGAGGUGCACUCAGCAGAAGUGCCAGAAGGCAACACUCCCCUCCUUUUGUCCAUGUCAGCUCUAGAUGCUUUGGAUGCAGUCGUUUUCAUGCGGAAGAAACUCAUGCGCCUACAGGAGCUAGGCGUAACACUCCCUUUGGUUAGCACCCGCACCAAGCAUCUAGCCAUAGACGUUUCCUUUGAGAACUUAGAGCUCGACGUCACCAGCACUUUGUCGGGCCAGCCUAUGAUCAAGUCACAGGCUGAGGAUUUGAGCGUGUUUUGGGCAGAGGAGGCCAAUGAGAGCAUUUUGCAGGAGUUUGUUGCGUUUAAAGUGGUGGCGGCAGAGUUUUCAGAGGAGACCUAUAAACCCCAGGUUGGGUCCAGAGGAGUCACCACAAAAGACCGUAGGAAGUCUUUGCAUGUAGCCAGGUUUGAGGCGUUGCAGCAGGCGGCAGUAAGCCAGCAAGUCAUGGAUGCCCAGUUGUGGGCGGCUUUGAGACACCAUUACACCAAAGCUGAGGAGUUAGCAACAGAUGGUUUCAGAUGCAGCAUGAUUUUUGAGCCAUGGGGAGGAACCUUCCCGGUCACACGGUUAGCUUCACUCAGCAGAGGUUGGGUCAACAGCCAGCCCAUGGAUGUAAAGGAUGGAGUUGAUUUACUCAGCGCAGAAGGCACUGAGCUACUGUGGAGAACACUGGAUGAGCAUGAUCCCCUUCUCACCUUGAUUGCCUUUGAUUGCCGACUUUGGUCAACACUCACCAACUUGAGCCAACACAUCGAUUGGCACCGCUUGCGUCAGACAGUUGGGAGAAAGACUUUGGAGUUAGUGAAGGCGAUCGCCAAACACCGGCAUGAGCGAGGCAGAUAUUACCUGCUCGAGAACCCAGCAGGAGCUUUGUCUUGGAUUUUCUCAGGCAUUUUGGUGAGCUUGUUGGAGGAGGCAGGUGGAAAGUUUGUAGAAGGAGAUCAAUGCAGGUUUGGCAAAACAGACUUACACACAGGCAAACCUGUCAAGAAGAAGACAGGAUGUUUGGGAAACAACGAACACAUUCUCAACCGUUUAGCAAAACAGUGCAAUUGCCCACCAGGCAGUCAUGAGCAAAUCGUUGGAGCCAGCCGCUCCAAGGAAGCAGCAGUUUAUCCCAAGCAGCUUUGUGAGGAAAUCCUACUUGGCCUUGAGGACAGCAUGACCAGUGACUACGUGGCUUUUCAGCAGAAGAGACAGGAAGCAGCAUUUCCUCCAAUGCCAGCACCAGCAACACCCAGCAACAUUUUGCGGAGAAGGCCACGUGUUCAAGAGGUCAAGAAGGGAGCAUGGGAGAGAGUACAUGGUCCAGCAACUCUAGAACUUUUGAGGAGAAUCCUGACGUGGACAGUGGAGUCAGGAGCGGUAGACUGGGCAGUUUUAGAACAAGAGCAUGAGCUAACGCAGCAACUUAGAGAGCAGGAAACAGGGCAGACAGAAGUGCAAUUGGUUCUUGUUUCAAGAUUGGCAAGACGCAUGAAGAGACCAGAACCACACGCAGGACCAAUGGAAGUUCCUCUCAGGAAAGCGCUGAUCUUGAUGGACAAUGACGAAGUCUUGAGCAGCGGGUGGGAGGAAUGGCACAAGCUAGCACCAACACAGCAGAACAGAACCUUGCCAACAAGGUCCAAGCAGGUGGUAGUGAUGCUCUUUGGGACAGACAAUGCAGCAGCAGCAGAAGAGCUGGAAGAGCCCAAAGAAGAAGAUGCCAGCAGCAGAUGGCAAAGAGUACCACGAGAGCUUCGCCUAGCCAUACGACGUGUGCAUGUCAAUCUGGGUCAUGCGCGACUUCCAGAUAUGUUGCGCGCCUUGCGCAUGAGCAGAGCCAGCGAAGCAGCCAUCCGUGCUUGUAGGUUGUUUCGUUGCCCAGAAUGUCCAAGACUAGCAGAACCAAAACUUCCAAGGCCAUCAAAGCUGCCUACGGUGGACGAGUUUGGCGUCAUUGUGGGCAUGGAUGUGAUCGAGGUGAAAGACUCAGAUCAAGUUUCUUGGAGUUUGCUGAACAUUUUGGACUUGGGCACGACUUACCAAGUCAUGGUUCUUUUGGACCAAGCAGUGCGCAACCCGACAUCAGCAGAGAUUGCAGAAGCCUUCACUCAGGGUUGGUCAACUUGGGCCGGUUUGCCAGAGAGAGGGGUCGUGCUGGAUCAAGCACGAUAUUUCAUGAAUGAGUUUGCAAGAAACCUUGAGGAGCAAGGAUGUGAAGUCUCUUUAGCAGCAAAGGCAUCACCUUGGCAAAUUGCCGCGGUGGAGCGACAUGGAGGCACAUGGAAAACCAUUUGGCGAAAGCUCGUUUGGAGCCAACAAGUUGCGGGAAAGUCAGAAGUCCUGCAAGCCAUAGCACAGGUCAACAAGGCAAGGAACAGUUUAGCAAGACGUUCAGGUUUCAGCCCAGAGCAGUGGGUCCUUGGAAGAUCCAUACGUCUUCCUGGAGAUCUUUUGGACGAUGGAGAAGUUGCAAGAAUAGGUGCGCAGGCAGCAGCAUUGACACCUACCACAAGGUUCCAUAGGCAGGUACAACUGAGAACAGCAGCAAGAGAGGCUUGCAUUCGUGCGUCCAACAGCGAGGCACUGAGGAGAGCAGAAUUGAGAAGAGUGCGGCCGUCAAGAGGGCCUCUUCCAGUUGGCAGCUACGUUUUCUACUACGACAAGCAUGGCCCACACAACUGGAGAGGGAUUGCAAGAGUUAUUGGCCACGACAGCAGCCACACCGUUUGGCUGAGUCACCGUGGCAUCUUGGUGGCUGCAUCGCCGGAACAUCUCAGUCUGGCAGAUGAUUUGGAAGUGCGUGGUUGGAUGGUGACUUCCAGAGAAACAGAGCUUUUAGAUGCGACACCAGCAGUCACAUCCAACACCUUUUUGGACAUCAGGCGGAAAGACAUCCCGCCACCAGAAGGUUUUGAGGAGUUGGAAGAUGAGGAGAAAGACCAAGAUGAGAGAGAGAGGCGCCCAGCAGAGACACGACAGGAGCCACUGGAAGAUGGGGUUCCAAGAGAUGAAGUGGAGGUGCCAGAAGCAGAGGAGUCCGAUGGAUACGAGCCAUCCAUUGCACCAGACCAGCCAGAACAACUCCAGAUUGAGAGCAUGGCAGAAGAAUCAGAAAGAGCAGAGAGCCCUCAGUCAAGAAAGAGAAGAGAGGAGUUUGAAGAAGGCAUGAGACGUUCAGAAAACUUGCGUAGGAGAACGCUGAAGUCAAGCAAGUUCUUUAAGGCAAAAGAGGAUGAGCGGAAGCUGAAGAAGACUUUGUCCUUGAAGUCACUUACUAUGACAGAGAGUGUGAGGACAUCAGAGAAUGCAGAGUUACCACACUUUGAGGAUGAUGAAGAGUUGCCGCCAAUCCCAAUGCAGGAGUACGAUCCUGACCUAGAUUCGUACCAACAAGCCGUGCCAACCGCAGGGCCACCGCCAAUAGAAACGAGAACAGCCAGAGAGGAAGCAGAAGAAAGAGCAGCAAAGAGAUUGCGAAUAACUUCACCAUCAAGAGCUGGGUCACCAAGUAGGAAUAGAGAAGGAGCCAUGUUUCUUUCAGCAGAGGAUGUAUCAGAGGUCAUGUUGAGCGCAGCUUCCAGGCAAUAUGCCAUGAAGGCAGAGUUUUAUGAGGCAGAAGGCAUCAGCGAGGAGGAUUUUCUGUUUGGAGUAGAGCGCAACAUUUUUGACACUCAGAUACAGCAGAUGCAAGAGCAUGCGUUCGCAGCAAGUAACAAGCAAGUACCUACAGCAGCACAACCAGCCAAGAAGGGUAGAAAGGAGAUCAGGUUACAAACCUUGAGUCAGGAAGGAUCAGAUGCGAAGGAGUGGCAAGGUUGGAUAGACAAGAAGGCUUGUGAUGUUUUGACAGUAGAAGAAAGCGAGGAGAUCAGAAGAAGCAAGCCGGAGCUCAUAGUCCCCACGCGAUGGGUGAGGACAAACAAGAAUGAAGGAGUUGCAGAUGCAGACUUCAAAGCGAAAUCAAGAUUGGUUGUCCAGGGUUUUCGUGACAAGGCCCUAGGCAGAUAUCGCCGUGAUGCUCCUACAGCCUCGCAGAUAGCCGAAAGUAUUUUGCUUUGCGUUUGUAGCUUUUACCAGUUCAUCAUGCUUUGCAAAGACGUCAAGAAUGGAUACUUCUGCGGAAAGCCUUUGGACAGAGAAGUAUACUUGGAGCAGCCGAGAGGAGGCCUACCAGGUUUAGCUCGGCGACAGCUGCUUCGAGCUAGAAAGGCCAUAUAUGGCUUUGCAGAAGCCGCUCGACUUUUCUGGCUUGCUCUUAGAGAGCAUUUGAUUUCAGACGGUUGGAAAGAAUCAGAGGGAGUUUUGAACGGCAUCCUCAUCACUCAUGUGGAUGAUCUGGAAGGGGGUGUGAGACCAGGCUUAGAGGAGAAGCUUUUCCAGAAGAGCUCACAGUCACUGGAUUUUGCAACAAACCACCGUUUCAGCUUCACUUUCAGAGGCCGAGAGAUCAAGCAGUCAGAGAAGAAAGAUGAGCAUGGUAACGUUUGUGGAGGAUACAUUGAUGUUUGCAUGAGAAACUACGCUUUGUCCAUGAGCAAAAUCACAGUCAGCAAAGAAAGACGCGCACAGCCAGAAGCAGAUUUGACAGAAGAGGAGCAGAGAAUCCUCAACUCAGGAGCCGGUGAGUUGGGAUGGAUCUCAAGACAGUUGAGGUCGGAUUUGGCAUUUGACAAUGGUUGCGUACAGCGCUGCAAGAAGAAACCGAAGGUUUCAGAUUUGUUGAGGUUGAAGACAGCAGUAGAAGCAGCUAGAAGAGGAGCCGAUGUACGCAUGCGUUUCUGGGACGACGUCGACCUUCAGAACGUCGUCAUACUUCAUUUGGCAGAUUCAGGACACGCCAAUGGAACUCCUGAACAUGAUGAGAUCAAAAGAUAUAGGAGCAUUGGAGGAUACUAUAUCCUGAUUGCCAAUCCGGAAGUCCUAGAAGGAAAGCCUUCCAGAGCCAAUAUCCUAGCCUUCAACAGCAGCCAGACAAAACGAGUUUGCAGAAGUACUUUAGCAGCGGAAGCCAGUCACCUCUCAGAGUCCAUAGAAUGUGGAGACUGGAUCAUAGUCGUUUUGCAUGAAGCACUUCAUGGUUCUGUAGAUUUACGAAAUUGGACAGAUGUCAUUCAGCAGAGAAAGCGCAUUUACGUCACAGAUGCACGUUCAGUUUUCGACUAUUUGCACAAGGAAGCAUGCAGCACGUCAUCAGACAAGAGGAUGGCGAUAGAAGGUGCUUUACUUCGUGAAACUGUUAGGAAAGAAGGAGCAGACGUGCGCUGGAUAGAUGGUCAACAGAAUAUGGCAAAUGUUUUGACGAAAGUCAACACUGACAAAACUAUUCUGAACCAGUUUCUGCGAGAUGGCCUUUUCAGUUUGAUACAGACAGAUGCAAACAGGCAACAAAAGUUGAAACAGCAACUGCAGAGGAAAGCGCGAAAGGCGAAAGAAAAGAAUAACGAGUGUGAGAAUCAGCAGUUUCCAGCCACAACUGCAGGUGCCACUUCGCCUUUCGAGCACAAGAAUCCAUGA